UGGUUUAUCCUUGCUAGUGAGACUGGCUCAUUGACUUCAUACACAUGUGUAUUUAGCAUAAUACAUGCAUGUUGUACAUGCAUUUGCUAAAGGAAGGAGCCAACUGUACUGAAAGGACACUGACAUGGUGUGGGGAGAGGGUUAAGUUUGUGGUUCCAACAGUGGUUGGUGUCUGGUGUUAUAGGGCUGCCAUUGAUCCUUUCCUGGCACUGGUGUUCUAAUGUUACAUUCACGUGAAGAUAUGUCAAGAAUGAAUGUGUGGCGAUUCCUUUGACCAACUUCAUUGCUUUAAGCUUUGAGUAUAUUUAUACUGUGCCUUGUCCUUCUAGAACAUUUUAGGGUGGUUUUAGUUUGGUGCAUACUACCACGAUUGGGAAUAUCAAUGACAGAAUGUAUUAUAGACAUGGAUACUAUUGACAUGGAUGGACUACUACACGUGACUGCAGUUCUAAAGAGCAGUUUCUGAUGUCAUGGCUCCCAAACUAAGAAAGAGGAAGGGUACAGUAUCAGACAAGUUGGAAGGAGGAUGUGCUAACUGUUGUGCCAAGUACUGUCGAAUGACUCCCAUGACACAGGCCCUAUGCUGCACGGUGGUAGUGCUGGGAAUCACAGGAGGAGUGGUGUGGAUGGGAGGCUCGGUAGUGGGGGCUGGCAACGGGGCAUCUGCAUGUGACAGUCAGUCUGGCGGGACUGGUGGAGGAGGAGGGGACUUUGCUUCUCUCAACAUUUUCCUCACGAACACGGGGAUAGUGGUGAUGAUGAUGCUCAUUGCCUCCUGUGUCUGCUGUGUCGGGUUCGUUGGUCUAUGCUGUGGGGAGUUCCCUCUCAUUGCCCGGGUGAUUGGCGCAAUCUGUCUCGCUGUGACGGCUGUUGGAGUCUUCCUAUACGCUGGGUGGAUAGCGUAUGGGACGUAUGCCCUCACCAAGAGGCCUGACUGUAUCAACGCCGUCGUCUACCUGGGCCUCUUGUACUUCUACCUCUUUGUCUUCGCCGGGGCCUCCGUGGUGGGCAUUAUUUGGAAACUCUACGACCUGAGGACCGGGGGGAAACAGAGUUUGAGAGUAAACCUACCAACAUGAGGGAACUGGUGCCACCAUCGAAUGCACAGCGUUUACUCACUCCCCUGUUUGUUCUUCAACCAAUCACUAGGUUCAUUGUACUGAUACUAUAUACUGGUAGAAGCUAGUCCGCUCUUUCACUGUUCGUUGUUGGCAGUAGGUAAUGAACAUUACGUGGUGUUAAUAAUUGAUUCAUUUGUAAUGUAAGUCUUCAUACUUUUUUCUUGAAUUUUUUAUUUUAACGCAAUUCACCGCUUAUGGUAUUUGGCAGCAACUCACAAGGGGAUAAAAUAAUUUGAAAUACAAAACACACUACAAUAAUGAUUG